AUGGAGCAGUUAUAUACUGUGCUUGAUGGGGUAAGACGAAACAUAGUUUUCCUUGAAGAGGGAACAUGCAGUUGCGGAAAAUUUCAAAUGGAUGAACUUCUAUGUCCGCAUGCUUGGGCAGUUUUGAAGAACCAGCAGCUGAAACCUGGCCGCUAUUGCUCUUUUUACUACAAGAAGGAUAACCUCCUUAGAGCUUAUGAAUUUCCAGUGAAUUCGAUGCCAGAUGAGAGUUUAUGGGUAAUUUCAACAGAGGUGCUGGAAGAUAGGGUCCUACCACCUAAAGGGAGAAGGAAUGCAGGAAGGCCAAGAAAGGAAAGACUCAAACCUGCUUCAGAGAAAGAGUCUAAGAGGGCGUUUUCACGUUCUGUGUGUGGACAAAGUAGUCAUAAUAGAAAAAUAUGUAGGAAUCGACCAAAAUAA